AAAAUGAAGUUGUAGAAAUAUUAAUAGCAAGUUAUGUGAGCGUUGAGUGACGUGUUCUUUCUCAUUAACUCCUCUCAUCUGCCUCCUUCAUUGCUCCGGCCCCGUUCGCCUUUAUAUCUCCCACCCUCCUCUCCUCCAUUCCUCAUUACCACAUAUCUCUCUUUCUCUACAAACCAACGCAAAAAAAUGCCUCAGAUCUUGCCGGAUUUUUCCAAUUCCGUUAAGCUCAAGUAUGUCAAACUUGGUUAUCAGUAUCUCGUUAAUCACAUACUCUAUCUUUUGUUAAUUCCCGUCAUGGCCGGGGUUUCUGUCGAGGUUCUUCGUUUAGGCCCGGAUGAAAUCUUGAAUGUUUGGAACUCGCUUCAUUUCGAUCUUGUUCAGAUUCUUUCUUCUUCUUUUUUCGUCAUCCUCAUCGCUACGGUUUACUUCAUGUCCAAGCCACGGACUGUUUAUCUCGUUGAUUACGCUUGCUAUAAGCCUCCGGUUACUUGCAGAGUUCCGUUUUCUACUUUCAUGGAACAUUCUAGGCUUAUUUUGAAAGAUAAUCCGAAAAGCGUCGAGUUUCAGAUGAGGAUUCUUGAACGGUCUGGUCUCGGGGAAGAAACUUGUUUGCCUCCUGCUAUUCAUUAUAUUCCUCCUAAACCUACUAUGGAAGCUGCUAGAGGUGAAGCUGAGCUUGUGAUUUUCUCGGCCAUGGAUUCACUUUUUAAGAAAACUGGUUUGAAACCUAAAGAUAUUGAUAUUCUGAUAGUGAAUUGCAGUCUUUUUUCUCCUACUCCAUCUCUGUCUGCUAUGAUUAUUAACAAAUAUAAGCUCAGAAGUAACAUAAAGAGCUUCAAUCUUUCCGGUAUGGGAUGUAGUGCAGGGCUGAUUUCGAUUGAUUUAGCCCGCGAUCUUCUUCAAAUUCAUCCCCGUUCGAAUGCUGUCGUUGUGAGUACCGAGAUUAUUACCCCGAAUUAUUACCAAGGUAAUGAGAGAGCUAUGCUGCUUCCGAAUUGCCUCUUCCGUAUGGGAGGCGCGGCGAUUCUGUUAUCCAACCGCCGCUCUCAGAGCUCGGUAGCUAAGUAUCGGUUAGUCCGCGUCGUUCGCACCCAUAAAGGUGCGGACGACAAAGCAUAUCGAUGCGUAUACGAGGAAGAAGAUAAAGAAGGCAAAGUCGGGAUCAAUUUAUCGAAAGAUUUAAUGGCAAUAGCUGGGGAAGCUCUAAAAUCGAACAUAACAACAAUCGGGCCGCUAGUACUUCCAGCAUCGGAGCAGAUCCUGUUCCUGUUCUCGCUCAUCGGCCGGAAAAUCUUUAACCCUAAAUGGAAACCCUACAUACCGGACUUCAAACAGGCGUUCGAGCAUUUUUGCAUCCAUGCAGGAGGAAGAGCAGUGAUUGAUGAACUUCAGAAAAACUUGCAGCUAUCAGGAGAGCACGUCGAGGCGUCGAGAAUGACACUCCAUAAGUUCGGGAACACGUCAUCGUCUUCUUUAUGGUAUGAAAUGAGUUACAUUGAAGCUAAAGGGAGAAUGAAAAAAGGCGAUAGGGUUUGGCAGAUUGCAUUCGGGAGUGGAUUUAAGUGCAACAGUGCAGUUUGGAAGUGUAAUACAACCAUUGAAACGACGACGGAUGGACCUUGGGCUGAUUGCAUUGAUAGGUACCCAGUUCAUAUUCCUGAAGUUGUCAAGCUCUGAGAAAUUUCAUCAUAUGCAAAUUCAAGAAUAUUAAUUUUUAUGUUACAUUACAUAUGAUUGGUUUUUAUUUUAAUUUUUUUUUUUAGCAUCUUGAAGAAAACAGAAAAAUAGAGCUGUUAAAACAGUUAAAAUAAAAAAAAACUGUUGAAAAAAUUGUUGGAUUUUAUUAUCUAACAAUUUGGACAGCUCACAACAGUUAUAGCAAUAGUUAAAUCAAAAAUGGUGUCUCCUCUUCUGUAUUUUCUGUUUAUUUGGUCCUCUUAUUUUUAAUUUCCAUGUCACACUGUAUUAAUUACAAUUGCUGUUUAUAACACUUAUUUUUCUUAUUUUA